AUGACCGUCAAAGAGUCCCACGAGAUCAUCACUCAGCUACAAGAACUCGAGUUUCCAUACGCCUUCUCCAAAGCUCGUAAACUGGCUCUCCUGAAAGCUGGAAGUAUUCCGUCAAUGUCCAGACUAUUUGCCGUGACAGGCCAGAACAACAAACGCAAUGCGGGAAAACGAUCAGUCGAUACGGAGAUUCUUCUAAGAGAAGUGCAGUCCAAGGCAAGAGACUCGGAUCGAUAUGCGAUGUCUGUGGCAAGAAUGAACUUUCUACAUGCGCGAUACCGUCGUGCGAACAAGAUCACCGACCCCGACCUACUUCACACCCUCGGCGACGGCCUUGCUGAGAUAAUCAAUGUGGUCAACAGAGACGAAUGGCGCAAAUUGACCAAUGUCGAAGUAUGUGCUCUUGGCAUCUUCCACAAGAACUUGGGAGAAGAUAUGGGCAUUCCCUUCGAUCUUUUACCCUCGUGCAAAGAAGGCUGGAGGGACGGGUUGCACUUUGCAAUAGAGCUCAGAGACUGGACUGUCCAAUACGAACAGAAAGUCUGUAAGCCGGUGGCGACAAACGAUCAAUACGUCAGAGUCUAUGUCGACUCGGCCCUGUCUUCUUUACCUAGUUUCUUCAGGACAGCAUUAAGGAAGUCGCUCGGAGCCGACUUGGACGACGUGGUCCGAUUAAGCCUCAAUCUGGAAUCUCCCGGACUCCUCCUCUCUACCUUUCUAGCACUAGUUCGCAACUCGAGGAAACUCGGGCUCCGUCACCUUGCCUUGCCGCGCCCCGACUCAUCCGCAUUCAAACUCGUCAACGACACCCCGAACCCCGAGACUAAGCUCUACAACUUUGGACGGAAAAGCCUUCAACCCUGGUACAUGCGGCCAACAACGUGGUCGACCUGGGGUCCGGGUGCAUGGCUGGUCAAAGCGGUCGGUGGAAAGGUUCCGGGCGAGCGGGGAAGCAGAUAUUUUCCCCAGGGAUAUGACUUGAUGACCAUUGGACCUGAGCCUCAGCGGGAGAAGGGGAGGGAUGAGAUGAUGUCGGAUAUGGAGGUGAUCAAGGCAAGGGGAGCGGUGACUUGUCCGUUUUCGCAAGCGAAUGCGAAUACGUUUGCUACUCCUCAACGCCUAUGA